AUGGGCGAUGAAAAUACGAGUGAAGCUGAAUUAGAGUCCAUUGAAACAGAAGAGGGUGUCUGUGGUGAAGCUGAGCGCAGUUCUGUUCAGUCUGUUCUGGGGGAAGUCAACGCUCAGUCUCCGUCUGCGUCAUCCAGCGACGCAGCGAGUGACACCGAGACGAUGGUCAACUUUGUGCGAAGUUUUCUGUCCCAGAUGGGGAUGACUGAUACUCUGGACUGCCUGCAAGCGGAAUGGCACGAUAUGGCUCAACAUGGACAAAUAACGAGUGAUGCUAAACAAUUUGACGUGACUCCCUAUCUUCACGACCAUUACUUAGAAAACGAACUGAAAUCUGCGCUAAAUGAGAGAGAGCAGUACAAACAGGCCAUCACUGCAGCGGAGGAGGCGCUGGUCAAGAUCCGAAAGUCCAGAGACUUCCACUGGCUCCGACACAACCGCCUGCUGCAGGAGAAGAACAAGCUUCUUGAGGAUAUAAGGAAGCUCACAGCCCAAUGCAAGGAGCCCCAUCCCAAACUUAAACAAAUGAAGGAGAAUUAUCAAAAACUUCUGAGACAAAUCCAUGCAAUGGACAUCGCGUCGGUGCAAGCAAAAGAAAUGGACGUCAAAAGCCCUCAGUAUCCUACAUCUGAUGAAUCUGAUGAAUCUGAUUAA